AUGAAAGUUUUCAUUGCUGUUUGCUUUUUAUUCGUUUAUGUUUAUUCAUUACCAACAUUCGAUGCAACAUUGGAUUCAGCAUGGGCUUUAUACAAACGUACCUAUGAAAAACAAUACGGAUCAAAUGUAGAAGAAUCCAAACGUCGAUCAAUUUGGGAAGAUCAUAUUGCUCUUAUUCGAAAACAUAAUCUUGAAGCUGAUCUUGGUUUACAUACUUAUACAAUGGGAAUGAAUAAAUAUGGUGAUAUGACCAAUCUAGAAUUCGUCAAACAAAUGAAUGGUUUACGUCGUCCUUCAAAUGUUAGUUUUCCUGCUGCUUGUGGUAAAAAAUAUGUUGCCCCAUCAAACUUCAAAAGACCAGAUCGUGUUGAUUGGCGUACGAAAGGCUAUGUAACACCAGUAAAAGAUCAAGGUGACUGUGGUUCAUGUUGGGCUUUUGGAACAACUGGUGCACUUGAAGGACAAACAUUUGCCAAAACACAAAAACUUAUCCCACUUUCGGAACAAAAUUUAGUUGAUUGUUCAGGUGCUUAUGGUAAUGAGGGAUGUAAUGGUGGUUUAACGGACGAUGCCUACAGAUACAUCAGAGAUAAUAAAGGUAUCGAUACUGAAUCAAGCUAUCCAUAUGAAGCUAAGGAUGGUAAAUGCCGAUUCACCACUAAAGACAUUGGUGCUACAGAUACUGGCUGUACAGACAUUGAACAAAACAAUGAAAGUGCUUUACAAGAUGCAAUUGCCACAGUUGGUCCAGUUUCAAUUGGUAUUGAUGCUACACAGUCAUCAUUUCAAUUCUAUAAAUCAGCUGUUGGUUAUGAUACUCAAGAUACCGUUGAUUACUAUAUUGUCAAAAAUUCAUGGGGUACUUCGUGGGGUAACCAAGGUUAUAUCUGGAUGGCUCGUAACAGAGAUAACCAAUGUGGUGUUGCUGCCUAUGCUAAUUAUCCAAAUGUUUAA